GUAGAAUUUUCAAAGGAAUCGCGAUUUUCGUGAUUUUGACAGAUCAAAUUUACGUUGGAUGCAUUGGUUAAGGGCGGGUUUGCAAACGUCUGAUUCUCUCGUCUUGUUUGGAAAGUCGCCUUUCGGAAAGAGAGAAAUAACCAUUGGAUUUUAUAUAUUUUAUUGCUAUCAAUUAUUAAAGACACGUUCCUGAAAGAUGUCUGAAAAACAACUUGAAGGCAUUUUAUCAUCUUUUAAAUUUCUUUAAGAUAUUUUUCACCUUUUUAUGCUACCUGGAAUGCGAGGGAAAAAAUUCGCAGAUCUAAAGGAUGUUUCACAAAUAUACGUGUUUCCCAAUCGAUGUGUAUUUUAUGAGACACCCCGUAUGACAAAUAACGAGUGAGAAUUUUGCUCGAAUCAGCAUUGGUAGGUCUAGCGUCUAGCGUGUCAAGUGUCAACUGUCAACAUCCAGUCGGCGCACGAGGUGGGAACAAUUUGACAGAAGGAGCCGGUCUCGAGCUAAUAUCUUGUCGUAUCUCGUCGCAAUCUUUAGCUUCUCCGAUUUCGCGAUGAGCAACGAGGUCACGAUGGACGAUUUUCCCGCUUUGAGGUUGAAGCAUGUGCACAUUAAGGAUGAGGUUGCGCUUUUAAAGACAAUAAAUACGAUCUUGCAAGGUGGCACGAAUAAUCUCCAAGUGGUUACAGAUUUCGACUUGACUCUCACAAAGCAACACAUAAAUGGAACACGUAUACUUAGUAGUUUUGGUAUGUUCAGAAAAUGCAAGCAGUUACCACAAUAUUAUUUAGAUGAGGCCAAAUGUCUGUAUAACAAGUAUAGACCUAUAGAGAUAGAUCCACAUUUGUCUUUGGAUGAAAAAGCUGUUGCUAUGCACGAUUGGAUGACUGCAGCACAUAAUAUACUAAAGGGCAUCGAGUUCAAUCCUCAUGAGAUAGAAGAAGUAGCCCAAGAAUGCAACGAUAUAUUACGCGAUGGUACAAGAGAGAUUUUGGAGAAGCUAUACAAUGCCAGAGUACCGAUUGUAGUGUUUAGCGCUGGUUUAGGAGAUAUGGUGAAAGCUGUGUUGAAAUACAACGAUGCUCUCUUUGAUAAUGUAAAAAUAAUCUCCAAUUUUCUCAAGUACAAAGGAAAUCAGUUAGACGGAUUUAACAACGAUGUGUUUAUACAUGCUUACAAUAAAAAUGAAUGUGCACUGGCGAAAGAUUAUCUGACAGUACUCGGCAAGAGACAGAAUAUAUUGUUGAUGGGUGAUUCGACUGGCGAUGCUAGUAUGGUAGACGAAAUAGAAGACACCAAGACAGUUUUGAAAAUAGGAUUCCUGUACGACCAUGUGGAGGCUAGCUUGAACUCAUUCAUGGAAAAGUUCGAUAUCGUUCUUGUCGAUGAUCAAACGAUGCGAGUGCCGAUGGAGAUACUGCAAAGUAUCUUAUAAUAUAUCUGUAUCAAUUAAUAUUUUUUUCAUACUCGCGUGCAUGUACAUAUCUAUAAAGAUGCAAAUACGUGAUCGUAUACAUAAUACUCUAUAAUUCAAAGUACAUGAUGAUUUACACUUUACUUAAAUGAGUUUAAUUUAAA